AUGAAACCAGUACACGGGGACACAGUGUCGAACGAUAGCUCUUCAAGUGCUUGGUGCAGUUACAGCAAUCAAUCAGGUCUGUCUUUUCGCCGGCUAUCACCCCUACAAGGUGCUAGAACUGACCGCAUUUUACAAGAAAAAUACAUACCACUGAAAGAAAAUAAUUUAUUGGAAAAACUGGUUAAAACCAGGGUAUUAUAUGAGGAGCUGAGACAUCAAAUAUUAUCCAGUAGUCUUAGUACAUCUAGCAAAGGAAACUUAAUAUCGGCGACACAGCCAUUAGUUGUUGAUUACCCAAUUGGGAUUGUUAAGAGAGAAAUUAGUCAUCGGAAAAUGCAGGAUUCGAAGUCUGAUAUGAAAAUUAAACAAAACUGCUAUGUAGACCAUUGGAAUUAUAAUUUUGAAUGUUCUACUGAGCUGUCUCCCCGGGAUUGUUCAGGAAGAAAUAAUCACAGAAUAGCAGAUAGUUUUUUAAAAUAUUUGCCAUUCACAUCGGAUGUAAAGGAGCACGCAGAAUACAGUAGUAAUAGGGAACUAGAGAAAAGUAAAUCAUUUAAAAACAAUAUAUUAGCUAAACGUACCUACAGCUCAAAAAUUCUCAAGCAAAAUGAAAAUCUCAGUGUAUUAGGAUUAUGUCAGACGAUUAAGUCAAAAGAAAACUCUUCUUUAGUUCUACAAGGGCAGAAUAGUACACACUUGGCUAAAACAAUCAGCAUGUUGUUGGCUACUUGUAAGCGAUCCGCACGACUUGUGUCAAUUGACUCCAUGCCUAAAGUAGAUUCAGGUUUAUUAAUAAAUGAAACCAAUUGCAAAACACUUGCAAACUCAAAACUAUUAAGUAGCAUGCCGGUAGAAGUAAAAAAAACAAGCGCUAAUAAAAACAAAAAAAUGUAUAAAAAUAUUAACAUGUUACCGUCAGACUGUUGUACUGACUUUGAAAUGAAGGUAAUGGCGUCCAACUGUACAGUGCAUAAAAAAAGGAGCCUAGACCACAGCAAACAUUCAAAUUCCUGUCAAGAGACAAAUAGGAAAUCAUCAAAUAUUCGCUUUAAUUUUAGCAAGAACCUUAUUAAAUCUCCUUGUUUUAGUGAAAAUGAAACAAAGAAUAUAACUAAAAAUCAGCACACUAAACUUGAUCACGUUAGACAAGAAAUUCAAAAUCACUCUUCGUUACGUGAUAAAGCUAGAGUUGAUCCCUCCACCUUUGUCCAACAUCACAAAGAUAAGCGUAAUCUUGAUAGAAAAUUACAAGAACAUAGGCAAAAACGAAUAAGUAAAAGUAUCAAAAUUGGCAGUCACGCUCUUAAAAGAUGCUUUUGCACAUUGAAACUCAAAACAAUGCAUAUCAACAAUGAAAGACACAAAAUACCAUAUAUAAAUGAAUGUAUUCCUUCUAAAACCUUCAUUCACAUUAAAAAGAGGUUGCCAUGUGAACUAUUUCUAUGCGCUUCUGGGGAACAUGUUUCGACGAAAUGUAAUUCGUGGAAAAUCCAAUAUAACACUAGCUCAAAACUAACAUCCAAAUCACUCACUGCCCUCGAACAAUACCGCACUAUAACAAAUCUACUACAAGUAAAAACAUCACGUAACGAAAGUUGCAAAAUUGCAACCAAUUAUAAGAACAUUCUUGAAAAUUCUUGGCCCGUCAAAAAUAAAAAGUCAGAAACAGGAUGCUCUUUGGACAAAACAAAAUGUAAAUUUAAAAAACCGUGUUCACAUAAGUACUUGUGUCCGUUGAAUCAAUCAGGAAUCAAAUCGGGAAAUAUUAUUCCCAAGACUACAAAACUCUCAAAAUCAACAAUUGUGUCCUUGGGUCAUAUUGUUCCCAAAAGAGUAUCUAAAGAAUCGGAAUUAGUAUUAGAUGCUGUACCUUCUUUAACUAAACGCAAACCGUUCUAUAGAACCCCUACCUUUGAGCAAAGGAUUUUCAAUAAUCCUAUUACAGGAGUAGUCAUCAUCAAUGAUGCUGAAAGUACCAUUACACCAUCAGUUAAACGCCGAAAGACUAAAUCUGGUACUUCUAGAUCACAACCUGUUUACAAAUUACUUGAAAUUAAUAAAGUUCAAUCUAAUGCAAAUACUUACAACUACUCCCUCCUAUCAAAAAACAAUGAAGUUCAUAGAAAUCACCAUAGUGAAUCUCAGAAAUUUAUAGGUAAUGAUCGCAAAGAAUUAUUAAAGGGAAUUUGUAUGUCGAAUCACAAUAUUAUUCACGAAAAUCCCGAAUAUUUUAAUAAGAAACAUACUAAUAUUUUAAAAAGCAAUUGGAAAGGCUCACCUCUUUCAAAGAAGUAUAAACUUGUUAAAAUUCAAAACGAGACAUAUUUAAUGAUUACUUCUUCUAGUAAGCAUAUUUUCUCAACUUUACUAAAGAGUAAUUGUAUGAUAAAUGAUAAUGCUACUCGUAAAUAUAAACAUAUAAUCCGAAAUGUUGGCAACAGGAACAAGUAUUGUAAAGAGAGCAAUACGGAAAAAGGUAAUACAACGGAAUUAUUAAGAAAACCAAGAUAUAUACAAGUUCAUGCCAAUGAGCCUCAAAAAUCAAAAAUGAAUAAACGCGUGGAAAAAGGUAGGUACCGAAAAAAUGAAAUAGCAACACAAGUGCCUCAAAAUAAUUACGAAUCUCAUAUCUGUGAAUCGAAAGGUCUAUACAAAAAUGUCCAAUUUGACGAAAAAUAUAAAGCAAAGUGGGGUAACGUUAAAAAUUAUAAAAAGGUAUCAAAAGAUAAAUUUAAUAGCGUACAAAAUCCCCAAAAGCAACAAUGCUUUCUUCGAAAGUCUUCUAGUAUUAUAUCGAUUUCAUCAACGUUUGCAAUAAAAUCCCAAACUUUACAGUCUAAUUUUCAAAGUAAAUUUAAAAUCUUUCACCUUAAAUCUAGUGAUGAAAAUGAAACAUUUCAAAUAAAUUCCAGUUUGCUAUCUAAUCCGAGAAAAAGAAAUGUAAUGACCCAAUUUAGCGGACGAUCCCUAGACAUUAAACCGUCAGUUAGUAGUGAUGCUAUUUUAUAUUCCUCAGAAAUUGUUCAACCACUGAAUCCUCAUCUUACUGGGAUUUCAUCAUUAUUACGAAGGUGUUUCUGUACUAUGAAUUUACAUGUAGGUGAUGGAGGGGAAUCAAGCAAAUUUCAAUAUAAACUUAAGCCUUACGAAUGUGCACCAUAUGACUGUGUUCCAUACGAAUGCGAUCCCUACGAAUGUGAAAAAAAAAUAACAAAACGAUUAACACGAAAAGUGUCAAGUACACAAACAGAUAGAAUAUUAAAAUCUAGUUCAAACGAAACUUCUAAAAAUAAAAAGCAUCAGUUAGUUUCUAUGAGUGAACCAAAAAAGUCUAAAUCACAUAGAAAAGUCAUAUGUGAUUGUCGUUCAAAUUAUAGUCCGAAAGUAAAAAGUUAUGAAAAGAAACCAUAUUCUAAAACUUCUUAUAAAGUUAUGAAAAAAGAAAGGAUUAGGAGCGAUAGAACUUACAGACAUAUUGGUCACAAAACUCAAUCAAGCAUAAGAAAAGUACGCAAUAAAUCGUCUUCAAUAGGGCCUAUGUUAAAAAGAUGUCUUUGCACCGUAAAAUUACUGAAAAAUGAAGAAAAAAAUAAAACUUCAGAUGUUAGUUCUGUGAGUACAUCUACACAGUCAACAAAUAAAGGACGCAAUGUACGCCUAAAUAAAAAUAUAGGAAAUGACAAGCACCCAGAGUCAAAAACUAACAGAAGGAAAAAUACUAGAGAUCCUGCUUUAAAUGUAUCAUCUAGUAUACAAUCAUACCAGACAAAGAGAAAAAGAAAAUAUAUUGGGUCUAAAAGUGCUUAUGAAAAACCGGUUAAGUCAAAAGAACAAAGAGAACGAAAAAUAUUGUCUACACCAUCAGCCAGGCAUGCAGUCAGAGUAGGUUCAAAUUUUAGUUUUAGCUUAGAGUUUUAUAAAGAUAAAACUGAAAGAAAGCCUUCCAACGAAGUGUAUGAACAAGAAAAUCGAAAAUAUAUAGGCCUCAGUCCAAACCGCAGUUUCAGAAACCUAAUUACCCAAAAAGAUAAAAGUCUUACCAACACAGGUUCCCAAGCAUCACCAAUAAGACAAGAGCAACCAGCUAUUACAGGAUCUUUUUUAAAACGUUGCUUUUGUAUUAAAAAAAAACGAUCACCAAAAACAGCUUCUAAACAUACUACUACGGGAAAAGAAGGAAUCAUUGAUUGUCAGUGUAAACGUAGUCUUAGUAAAAUAGAAUGUGAAUGCGAAAAAUUCAUUAAUAAAAAACAAUCCAUGGACAAAGCAUCCGGGACUGAUAAACAUCGAGGCUUUGUCUUAAAGAAAUGUGACUGUAUAAAACUUAUAAAUAAAGGGCAAUCUAUUGAUAAACCAUCCUGGGCUGAUAAACAUCCUCGACUCUUAGUUUCAAAGGAAUGUGAAUGUAAACAAGUUAUUGACAAAAAACAUCACAGGAGUAUAGGAUCUGAAACUGAAAAACAAGUAACAAAAUUUAAAUCAUCCAGUACUACAUCUUCGAAAACUUCAAAAGCACGGAUUUUACACUCGUCACAAUACAGACAACUAAAACCAAAUUUAUUGCCUGAAACAGUUCGUAACGAAGAAAUAGGAGGAUCUUCGCAAAGACAAGCAGUAAGGAUUGGUUCAAAUUUUAGUUUUGAAAUUGAGUUCCAUAAAGAUGUGCAGUUUCCCAGCGAUGAAAAAGUGCAAGCAGCUGCUGAAGCCAUUAAAGAGACUAGAGAUAAAAUGAAGGACAUAAGACAAAUGGCGGCAGUUAGAAAUAAAAGCCGUAUAGGAAAUUCCCUGUACAGCAUUACGUCUGAAAUAAAUACUUCAAACAAAGCAUCUAAAGCCGUUGGUCCACUGCUACGGAAAUGUAUUUGUAAAUGCAGCCAUCAAAAUAAUGAAUCACUUCAAAAUUAUAAUAAUAAAUCUAAACAUUCCGUACAUCGAGGAACAGCAACACCUGUUAGCCGUCCCAUUCCAAAUUUUCACAACAGAGGUGUAAUGACUGUCUACAAAUUAAAAACUUAUCCGUAUAAGUUAGCACCUUACGAAUGUGAACCAGGUGUAUGCAUUCCUGGGGAAUGUGAUCCUUAUGAAUGCUUAAAACGCAUGAACAGGAGACACAGAGGUUCGAGCACAGAUGGUUACUCAACAAAAUCUGCAUUAAGUAUGACGAGACCUGCCCGUAGAUACAGAGAUAACACAGUGCAAUUUUCUCCACGAGAUAAAAGACCGCAUAUUAGAGAAGUCAAUACAAGGCCACGGGAAGGUAUUGAAGUUAGGCAAAAGCCAAGACAAAACAAGACCAGACAAGCGGUAAGAAUAGGUUCUAAUUUUAGUUUUAAUGUGGAAUUUUACAAAGAUAAAUCACAAGGUGGUAUUGGUGGUAUUGGUGGCACUGGUGGUAUUGAUGGUGUUGGUGGCACUGGUGGCAUUGGUCGCACUGGUGGUAUUGGUCCUAAACCUUGUCCCAAACCUUGCCCUGAACCAUGUCCAGAACUUUGCCCUAAAACUUGUCCAAAACGGUUUAUGAGCAGCGGUACGGAUGCCGCCAAUGUUAAUUAUAGAAAUAAGAAAGCUCAACGUAAAAGAGGACAGUUGCAUAACAGGGAAUCGCAAGUCUGGAGUAGAAAAAUGCGUUCAACUAUGACAGGGGUAGGCCCUUUCUUGAAGCGGUGUUUCUGUACAUUGCAGUUACAAAGACGGCAUGAAAAAGUGUUACCACGUAGAGAGGAGAGACGUGAUUCAGACAGUAGUUCAGUUGGUACAGAAACGGCUAGGUUUCGACCAGAGCCACGUUAUAAGGAACAGGGCACUAGACCAAGGAGAAGCCACAGAUACCAUGGAAGAAAACUUGACCCAAAUGAAUGUGAACCUGGCGUAUGCAUUCCUGGUCAAUGUGAUCCAUAUGUUUGUUUGGAACGGAUCAAAAGACGAGGUGUGCACACAAGACACGCUGGUACUGGCGGCAGGUACAGAAUGCAUUCAGUUUCUAGUUCUAUGACAGAACCUGGCCAUCGACGACAUAGAAAUAGAUCAGUUUCUAGUUCAAUGAUUGACCACAGCCGUCCUCGGCCUCGUGGCCAAAUAACUCACAAUCAGCAUAGGCAUAGGAGAAAUGAUAGAGCGAGCCUAGUAAAAGAACGAACGGCGUACUCUCCUGCACCAACUUCUCAUAGGCAAGCCGUUCGUAUUGGAUCAAGUUUCAGUUUCAAUAUCGAGUUUUAUAAAGAUCGAAAUGAACAGGCUCCGCAUGUUUCUGCUCCUGUAGGUAACCGUCGAGUGCACGGUCGUCCUUCAGGUGCACCUGUUGGAUAUAUCAAAAGACCCGUACCUGGUAGAAGAUUACGCACAGAUAGUACGGGAAGUGGCCCAAUGUCAACCAGAACUAGAAGUAUGUCGUCGUCUUACAAGAAUAAUUUAAGAAAUCGGGGUAUGCAAGCUCACUCAAGAACAUUGUUGAAAAGAUGUUUUUGCACAUUAAAACUUCAAAAAAUUGGCACACGUCAGAGGCAGACACAAGAGAGUACAGCUUCGAUAGGCACUUAUUACAAAGCAGCUGGUGCGCAAAUCAGACAAAAACAGGAAAUUGUACCUCAGUAUCGAGACUUUGGCACCAGGACCAAAAGACGACGUCUAGAGCCUUACGAAUGUGAACCUGGCGUAUGCAUACCAGGUCAAUGCGAUCCUUAUGAAUGUUUAGAGCGAAUAAAACGAAGGCAUUUAAGACAUUCAGGAACUGGAAUGGCAUAUCCCCACACGAGGUCAAUGUCUAACCUUACUCCUUAUAACUUUAGAACUACGUCGAUGAAUACUGCAAUGGGCGUCUAUAGGACACCAGGAGAGAAAUAUCACAGAAGGUAUACAGAAUCACCACGACGAAUCAAGCAACCACCACCUCGUCCUUCGAGAGCUCUAGAAAAUAUUCACAACCGUCAAGCAGUUCGUCUAGGUUCUAGUUUUAGCUUUAAUGUCGAAUUUUACAAAGAUAGAUCUGAGUCGGAGCAACAAGCAAAUCUUAUGUCGAAGUGUUGUACACCUAACAUAUGUGUGAGCGAGUGCGAUCCGGAUAACAGUGUCGAACCAAUUAAAAAGAGAGGGCUCAGACGUAUAUCCAGAACAACCGGUAAUCACAUGGUCAGAUCACGAAAUUCAUCCAGUUGGUAUAGAAGGCAUCCAUCUGAAAAAGUAGAGACUAUAGUCGAAGAACCUCGUUUCAAAAUUUUUAACAAGCCAAACACUAAGCAGACUGUCAGAAUUAGUUCGAAUUUUAAUUUCAAUAUUGAGUUUUUCAAAGACAUUCUGUUCCCUGAGCCUUGUGAGGUGGAAGAAGAGUUUGACGAAAUGUCAGCAGUCACUGAGGCAAUAAAUCCACAGCUUAAAAGAAAAAAAAAUCGUGAAGAUCAUUACAAACCUUCUUACGGAGGUAAUAAACAAUUCUAUGCAGAAAACUAUCACCCUAAAUACAAACAUAAAAAUAUUCGUGAAUCUAUCUAUGAAGGUGAUAAACUGUUCUCCAUAGAACAUUAUCGACCCAAAAUUCGUUCACAUAAAUCACUGACUGGGAAAGAACAAGACGAACACAGAAAAAAAAUAAAACCUGGAAAAGAACUUGGUGAACAUAGCAAAAAGUUAAAACCUGAAGUUAAUAAACUCAGUAAAAAAACGGGUGGACCCAUUAAUAAGAUGUUUAAAUGCUUAUGUUCACCUAAUGAAGGAAAGAAAUAUAAAUGCCAGUGCCCGUCAACUGAGCUCAAAGGAAAGAAAAUCUCAAACCUAGGUAAUAAGUCAAAGGUUGCUGAAAAUAUUUUUGCUAAUAAAACUACCACAAUCGCACGAGUGGAAAUGGGUUUCUAUAAGCAAAGAUUAAAUAGAAUGCCGCCUACAUUAAAUUCACCAAAAUUUGAUUUGACUAAACAGCCCCAACAUGCAAAAGUUACAUUAGGACAGAUAAAUGAAAAUAGCAAAGCAUUGACUGUCUGCCAAGUUCCAGAAAAAAGUUCAAUCUCGAAAAUAUUGUACCUAUACUCACCUAAACUAUUCUGGACAGCUGAAAAUUCGCGUUCUAGACCUUGUACGUUCAGUUCCAAUGUUCAAUCAAUAACAUCAUUGCAGGUGACAGAAGAAAAACCUUCUUUAAAAUUGUUACCAACAAAAUUUAAAGUAUUCUCUAAAGCUCAUGCACUUCCAAUAAGAAAUAUUUUAGUUUUUGUAUCCUCGGAAAAGAGUAAAGCUAAGGUUGCUGUAAGUCAAAAACAUUUUAGUUUACCAAACAAUCCGUGUUCUGCAAUGUGGCCGAAAACAAAGUCUUUUCACAAUCGCCCUUUUAAAGCUGAUAUGCGAUCACGGAUAGAAACAAAAUUUGUGACCCAAAGGUACCCCAAAUUCAGAAAUAAAAUUAAAUCUAAAAACGCGAUAGACUUUACGAUUGAGUGCAGUAUGAGUUCAAAUCCUGUCAAAGAUAUUCAAAAUGACCGCUUUGAAGAUAUUGUUAUUGAAUCCCUUGAUUUGCGUGAUAGUGAGACUUGUGUUGCUAAAGUUAAUAAAGAAACGACGGAUACAGAAGAUAUAGAGAGUAAAAAAAGAGAUGAAGAAGAGAUAUCAGAAUGUUUAAAAGCCCUUAAACAAGACGAUUUUGAGAAGACUAAACAAAUUGUUAGGAAUUACAAUUAUCAUUUGUUUAUGACCAAGAUGUUGAUCUGUAUGACUAAAAUGGGAUUAACAAAUCCGAAAAACGCAGUAGGCACUGACUAUGGGUCGGCUUUUAAUCCCAAACGUGCUUACCGGCACUUCAAGUGUAUAUUACUUAAUAUUAAGGCUGGAUUAAAGUGUGCAUCUGGCGACCAUACUGACACUGCUUCUUUAAAACAGAAACGAUCAAAUUUUGCAAAAACAAUCAAAAAUUGCCUGAGUAAACCUACUUCUAAAUGUUUACAAAGUUUUAAGCAUAUAAGAAAGCUACAUAAAAGAAUGCUACCAAAAUUUUUGCGAGGACGUAAAAACACUGUUGACUUAGGUUUCAAUGCCUUAGAUAUAGCCUGCCCUCAGAUUAAACCUCAGUUUAGUAUUUACUACAUGAUGCCACAUUUUUAUCCUCAUUUCCUCACCUUACGCAUCGUAGAAGUUAUAGUGGAUUUGAGCCAGUCCUUUUCCUGA